CGGCGCGCGGGAAGGCAGUAUUAUUUGAAACGUGAAACGAUUAAGACGAAGUGAGGAGAGUUCGGUACAAACCGAAGCGAAUCUACGAGAUAUAUUAAAACGUUACUGGUGCAACAAAAGUGAAUUUGAAUUUAAGAAGAUAAAAUGCCAGCUGUUGGAAUUGAUCUUGGAACAACCUACUCUUGCGUUGGAGUUUGGCAACAUGGGAACGUGGAAAUCAUUGCAAACGAUCAGGGCAACAGGACGACACCGUCAUAUGUCGCGUUCACAGAUACAGAGCGGCUUAUCGGUGAUGCAGCGAAGAACCAGGUCGCUCUCAACCCCAGCAACACCGUGUUCGACGCUAAACGACUGAUCGGUCGCAAGUUCGACGAUCCCAAGAUCCAGCAAGACAUGAAACACUGGCCUUUUAAAGUAGUCAACGACUGUGGCAAACCGAAGAUUCAAGUGGAGUUCAAAGGCGAAACGAAGAGGUUCGCGCCUGAGGAGAUCAGCAGUAUGGUUCUAACAAAAAUGAAGGAAACUGCCGAAGCCUAUCUCGGGACUACAGUGCGCGACGCGGUCAUCACAGUGCCGGCUUAUUUCAACGACUCCCAGCGUCAGGCCACCAAGGACGCCGGAGCUAUCGCCGGACUGAACGUUCUACGUAUCAUCAACGAACCAACGGCGGCUGCGCUCGCAUACGGUCUCGACAAGAACCUAAAAGGCGAACGAAACGUGCUCAUCUUCGACUUGGGCGGCGGCACUUUCGACGUUUCGAUUUUGACCAUCGACGAGGGGUCUCUAUUCGAAGUGAAAUCUACCGCAGGCGACACUCACCUAGGAGGCGAGGACUUUGACAACAGGUUGGUGAAUCAUCUAGCGGAUGAGUUCAAACGCAAAUAUAAAAAGGAUUUGCGUAUGAACCCACGCGCGUUACGCCGCCUUCGCACUGCCGCCGAGCGCGCUAAACGUACCUUGUCAUCGAGUACUGAAGCCACCAUCGAAAUCGACGCACUUUAUGAGGGCAUCGACUUCUACACGCGCGUUUCUCGCGCCCGCUUCGAAGAAUUGUGCGCAGAUCUGUUCCGCGGUACCCUCGACCCUGUGGAGAAGGCUCUCAAGGAUGCGAAGAUGGACAAGAGCCAGAUUCACGAUGUCGUUCUCGUUGGAGGCUCGACGCGCAUUCCAAAGGUCCAGAGUUUGCUGCAAAACUUCUUCUGCGGGAAGAAAUUAAAUCUAUCUAUUAAUCCGGAUGAAGCUGUAGCUUACGGAGCUGCAGUUCAAGCUGCGAUCCUCAGUGGAGCUAGCGAUUCUAAGAUCCAGGAUGUGUUAUUGGUCGACGUCGCUCCUCUGUCUCUCGGUAUUGAGACUGCAGGCGGUGUGAUGACUAAGAUCAUCGAGCGCAACUCUAAGAUCCCUUGUAAGCAGUCUCAAACAUUCACCACCUACUCUGACAACCAGCCGGCCGUCACUAUCCAAGUGUACGAGGGUGAACGCGCGAUGACCAAGGACAACAAUCUGCUCGGCACGUUCGACUUGACGGGCAUCCCGCCAGCACCACGAGGAGUGCCCAAGAUCGACGUCACCUUCGACAUGGACGCCAACGGCAUCCUGAACGUGUCUGCUAAGGAGAACAGCACGGGUCGUAGCAAGAAUAUAGUGAUCAAGAAUGACAAAGGCCGCCUAUCACAGGCUGAAAUCGAUCGCAUGCUAUCGGAAGCAGAAAGGUAUAAAGAGGAGGAUGAGAAGCAGAGACAGCGCGUGGCAUCUCGUAACCAACUCGAGUCGUACGUGUUCAGCGUGAGGCAAGCCUUGGACGACGCCGGUGAGAAAUUAAGCGAGCAAGAUAAGAACACCGCUCGCAACGAAUGUGACGAGGCGUUGAGAUGGCUGGACAAUAAUACCUUGGCUGAACAAGAAGAGUACGAACACAAGCUGAAGGACUUGCAACGAGUGUGUUCGCCCAUUAUGAGCAAGAUUCACGGCGCCGGAGGAGCUGGUGGUAUGCCCGGUGGUAUGCCCGGUGGUAUGCCCGGUGGUAUGCCCGGAGGUUAUGGAGGUUACCAACAACAAAGGAACGAUGGCCCCACCGUAGAAGAAGUCGAUUAAACUUCACAAUGCCAAAGUAUUCCUGAAAUAGCCAUGUGAUAUUAAUUUUAAGACUGAUAAGUUUAAUUUAUUCCGAUAACGCAAUUUAAUC